AGCGGAGCGCGGAGGAGGAAGCGGUGCUGGUAGCAACACGUGCCCUACACUGGGCGAGCAGCGCGGGCGCCGAGAGGUCCGGCUGGAGAUGGCCGUGCCCGGCUGGCAGAAUAAGGAUGGUUGUUCAUCUAUCAGCCGCGGAAGACCCUGUCCGUGAGGAUAUUCCUGUGCACAGAGGCAUCCGUUUGACCUUUGCAUUACAAUGCAGAUUCAGAAUCACUGAUGCUGCUUUGUACCAGAGGCAUUGCUGAAGUUCCAUGUGCAGCCAUGGACUUGGAGAAACCAUCUGUCUGGGGGUCCCUGAAGCGGAGGACGAGGCCGUUCCUGCAAAACUUAAGCGUGAGGAAGACGAAGAAGAGGUCGAGCAAGAUGGUGGUGAGCAAGAUCCGCUCCCUGGACCGACGGCUCAGCAUGUCGGUGCCUGACAUGCUGGAGGUGGAGACUCUCACAGAAGAAGAAACAACCUAUUCAAGCACUCAGAUGCUGUCCAGUGGCUACCCCUGUGGUGCCCCCAGGCCUAUGGUGUCUCUGAAAAGAAGGAACUCAUCGAUGAGGCCAGAGGGAGAGGACUGGCCGUGGCUGCAGGCUUCAGCUGCUUGCACGGAGCCAGCUGUGGCCCACUUGGAUGUGCCUAUGGCAGGCAGCCCUGUGUCCGAGGGGAAGCGACCGUCCAGUGAUGACUUCUUGGAGCUGCUGCAGAGAGCCCACCUGAGCACUGAGCUGGCAAACGAGAUGAUGGAGGAAUGUGGAGGAAUGGAUUUAGAGUCGUCAGUAUCUUCUCAAAUGUUUGAUGACCAGAUGGGUGCAGAGGAAGGAAGUGAUGGUUUGAGCCACCUGCCCAGCCCCUUUGCUUACCUGCUGACCAUCCACCUGAAAGAAGGCCGAAACCUGGUUAUCAGAGAUCGCUGCGGUACAAGUGACCCGUAUGUGAAAUUCAAGCUGAAUGGGAAAACUCUAUACAAAAGUAAGGUAGUCUACAAGAACCUAAACCCAGUUUGGGAUGAGACUGUCGUGCUGCCUGUACAAACCCUCGAUCAAAAACUCUGGGUCAAGGUGUACGAUCGAGACUUAACCUCUUCUGACUUCAUGGGUUCGGCAUUUGUAGUGCUCACUGAACUUGAACUCAAUAGAACUACUGAACAGGUUUUAAAACUGGAGGAUCCCAACAGUUUAGAAGAUGACAUGGGAGUGAUUGUAUUAAACUUGAGUCUAGCAGUCAAGCAAGGAGACUUCAAGAGAAAUAGAUGGUCAAGUCGGAAGAAGAGAUCUUCAUCCAAGUCGAGUUUCAUGCGGAGCAUGCGGCUCUCUGACUCUUUGUGCAAGAACCAGCUGUGGAAUGGACAGGUCACCAUCACACUCCUGGAAGGGAGGAACAUCCCCUUAGAGGGCUUGGCAGAGGCUUUCAUUCUCCUGAAACUGGGAGAUCAAAGAUACAAGAGUAAGACACUGUGUAAGAGUGCAAAUCCUCAGUGGAGGGAACAGUUUGAUUUUCACUACUUCUCUGACAGGAAGGAUAUGUUGGACAUUGAGGUCUGGAGAAAGGAUAACAAAAAGCACGAGGAGCUUUUGGGAACAUGUAAAGUUGACAUUUCUGCCCUGUCAAUGAAGCAGACAAAUUACUUAGAGCUGCCUCUGGAAAAACAUCCGGGGUCCCUGAUAAUGCUGAUUGCUGUCACCCCUUGUACGGGAGUGUCCAUCUCUGAUCUGUGUGUCUGCCCUCUGGGAGACCCCAGUGAAAGAAAACAGAUUGCACAGCGCUAUAGUAUAAAGAAUUCCUUUAGAGACAUGAAGGACGUUGGUUUCUUACAGGUCAAAGUUUUAAAGGCAGUUGACCUCCUGGCAGCAGAUUUUGCAGGUAAAAGUGAUCCUUUCUGUGUGUUGGAGCUGGGAAAUGACAGUCUUCAAACGCACACCGUUUAUAAGAACCUCAAUCCAGAGUGGAACAAAGUUUUCACAUUCCCUAUUAAAGAUAUUCAUGACGUUCUGGAAGUGACAGUGUUUGAUGAAGAUGGAGAUAAACCCCCUGAUUUUCUUGGGAAAGUUGCUAUCCCUUUGCUGUCUAUCAGAAAUGGCAAACAAAGUUGUUACAUGCUGAAGAAUAAAGACUUGGAACGUGCUUCAAAAGGAGUAAUUUACUUAGAGCUGGAUGUCCUAUUUAAUCCCAUCAAAGCAACUAUUAGAACAUUCAAGCCCCGUGAAAAGCGCUUCACUGAGGAGAACCGCAAAUUUUCUAAGAAGAUCUUAUCGAGGAAUGUUGAUCGUGUGAAAAAAAUCACCAUGGCAAUAUGGAAUACAAUACAAUUCCUUCGGAGCUGUUUUCUCUGGGAGUCCACGGUAAAGAGUAUGAUAGCAUUUGUGGUAUUCAUGGUCACUGUAUGGAGCGUUGAACUGUACAUGGUGCCCCUGGCUUUGCUGGUGCUCUUUGCAUACAACUUCUGCCUUGUCAGAACAGGGAAGGUCAGCAACACCCAGGAUGCCCAGGAGCUUAUGGGCUUGGAUGAAGAUGACGAUGAGGAAGAUAAGGAAUCUGAGAAAAAGGGAUUAAUUGACAGAAUCCACAUGGUCCAAGAGAUUGUCGUAGCUGUUCAAAGCGUUCUAGAGGAAAUUGCGUCGUUUGGAGAGAGAAUUAAAAACACAUUGAACUGGACGGUGCCCUUUCUCUCAAUUCUGGCCUGCUUGUUCCUCGCAGCAGCAACAGUCGUUUUGUACUUUAUACCACUGAGGUACAUUAUUUUAAUCUGGGGCAUAAAUAAAUUUACUAAGAAACUUAGAAAUCCCUAUGCCAUCGAUAAUAACGAGCUGCUAGAUUUCCUCUCCAGGGUACCAUCUGAUGUUCAAAAGGUGCAGCAUGCUGAAUUGAAACCAUACAGCAGCUCCAGCCCCAUUAGGAAGAAACGGAGUGCUCUAUAGGAUGAAGUGCAAUUUCGGAAUGCAGCAUCUCUCUCUGUACCCCUCAUGUAUACACACGUGCUUCCCCCCUUCUCGUCGUAGUUCAGAACAACACAAUAAUUCGUUGGGUUUUUUUUGUUUGUUUGUUUGUUAUUUGUUUUUAUUUUAUUUAAGCUGGUCUUUCUGAUAAAUACCUGUUUUGAGUUGUCUUUUUGGGCUGUCUCUUGGCACCAAGAUGUAGCUCGUAAAGAGCGGAGUGAAACAUGUGAAUUAGUUUGUAGGGUGGGGAGUAGUGUGGGGGGGUAUGGUGCCACUGCAUUCCCUCUUUUUAUUUUUUAUUUUGCUUCCAUUGUAGAGGCUAUGCUGGAUGUGGCAGCGCUCCAUUUUUUUUUUUAUGUAGGAGGAAAUAAUUCUGCCUAGCAUAGCAGAUCAGCUGAGCUGAUGUGAGGAGAUGCUCUGAACCAGUUUUUAACAUAUCCAACAGAUUUACAUUAAGAUAUGAAAGCUAUUCUUUUCUGAGUUAAAUCACUGUGCCUAGAAAGGUUUAAGCUCUGAAUUAACGAGUCUUUGAUACCCAUCUUCUGUUCAAGCAGUGUACAUUUUAAAAAGUUUUUUAUCAUAAUUAGCAGAGUGAGGAGCUCCAGCAGUAUCUCAAUAUUUCAUCCAGCACUUGUGGAUUUUUCCUUUUUCCCUUUUCUUUAAAAAAAAAAAAAAUAUAUGCCCACCCUGUGGUUAACUAUUUGGGUAC